CUCCUUCAAUUCCAUUCUCUCACCGCCAGGAAGUUUUCUUUUUUCUUUUUGGUUUUUCUUUGUUAUAAUGGCUGAGGAUCAUAUGAAUCUAUCAAUAAACGGCCAGUCUCAAGUUCCUCCGGGCUUUCGGUUCCAUCCAACUGAGGAGGAGCUUCUCCAUUACUAUCUGAGGAAGAAAGUGGCCUUUGAGAGGAUUGAUCUUGAUGUGAUUCGAGAAGUUGAUCUCAAUAAGCUUGAGCCAUGGGAUAUUCAAGAGAAGUGCAAGAUAGGUUCCACCCCACAAAACGAUUGGUACUUUUUCAGUCACAAAGAUAAGAAGUACCCGACCGGAACUCGAACCAAUCGGGCAACGGCUGCCGGGUUUUGGAAGGCCACAGGGCGGGACAAGAUCAUCUACAGCGGCUUUAGAAGAAUUGGGUUGAGAAAGACGCUUGUGUUUUACAAGGGAAGAGCUCCUCAUGGGCAAAAGUCGGAUUGGAUCAUGCAUGAAUAUAGGCUUGAUGAAAGCAACACCCAUGACACCACCGUUUGUAAUUCAAUGGCCGAGUCAAUGGCCGAAGAUGGGUGGGUGGUAUGCCGAGUAUUCAAGAAGAAGAAUUAUCAGAAAGCCUUAGAGAGCCCUAAAGCCUCCUUCUCCAUGGAAUCAUCAAGCAACCAAAUGCACAGUUCCAGAAACGAUGGGGUGCUUGAUCAGAUACUCAUGUACAUGGGAAGGACUUGCAAGCUCGAAAACCAUGAUCAAUCCUUGAAUAACUUAUCAGAAAGAUUUAUGCAUCUCCCAAGGCUCGAGAGCCCAACGCUUCCAACUUUUGAUCAGGACCGUAGCUUCAAAGCUUGCUACCAGGCCAUUGAUGAGAUGCUCAUAGACACCCCUUCAACAAACCAACCAAGUAAUGGUUGUGACAACAAUGACCCAGUUGAAGAUCAUGAUGAGUACCCCAAAACCAGGCUAAAUGACUGGGCUACCCUUGACCGCCUUGUGGCAUCUCAGCUGGGUCAACUCAACGGCCAAGAUCAAGAGACAUCAAAGCACAACCUGUCAUGCUUUGGUGAUCCAAACAUGGCCUUUUGUUCUUCUCCUCCACAUGAUCAUGAUCAUGACCAUGACGUACAACUAUCAUAUCCAUACCUACGUACAAGUAGAUCCCAUCACCAAUCUGAAGUCUACAGCAACGAGAAUGAUCUUUGGAACUUCACCAAAUCGCCUUCAUCGCCGUCGUCGUCAGACCCACUGUGCCACUUGUCGGUAUAAGGGAAGCACUUGGACCGACAUAUAUUCUAUACAUAAUACAAUAGUAGCUCUUAAUGCUUAAUUAAAGUACAUGUAGGGCUUGUAGUACGUAUAUGUUUACAUGAGAAUAAUAUAUACUUGUGACCAAUAAUAAAUAAAUAAAUAAAAGGAUUAAAUAAAUUAGGUGGUAAUUGA